AUGCAUUGUUACAUUUUGUUCGCUUUAAUCGCGGUGGUGUCGGCCUCUUCCAACGUCAUCUAUGAGGGACCCUGUCCGCAUGUGAAACCGCAGCAGAACUUCGAUUUUGCAUCGUACCAAGGAACAUGGUAUGAAAUAGCGCGGUACCCGAACGCUGGUGAAGAGGGUGCCAGAGGAAAGUGCACGAUUGCCGAAUAUCUCAUUCACGGCUACGGCACUGGAAGAGUAAAGAACAGUCACGUGAUCGACGGCGUGCGAUCGUUCAUCGAAGGCGAUUUGACGCUCGUGGGACCUGCCCGUAUUAGGCUGACUUAUACUUUUGACGGACUAUCAAAAGAUUCUUACCUCACUGUACUAGACACCGACUACACAAACUACGCCAUCGGUUACAGCUGUAAAUACUUCCCCGACGGCAACAACCAUCAAGUAUUCUCAUGGAUCAAAUCGAGAAGCCCAACCAUGGAUGCAUACUCGAGGAUCAUAGUUGAAAAUUACUUAAAGAAGUCAACUAUCCUCGACAUUAACAAAUAUGUUGCCAACGACUUUUCUUCAGCUGCAUGCCAAGCUUAUAUCUUCAGGAGCAUCACUGAAUUCCUUAAACAUUAA